CUCAGAGAAGAGGAUGAAGAUCUGACAACCAGCAGGCGAGGGUUUGAUACGCGCAGGAUAAAGGAUUCCUGUGGCAAACAUCCACACCGUGUUUUCAAUUAAACCGCGGAGAGUACAUCAGCAGCAGCGGACAGACAGAAGUUGACUCACGCCGGAUGAAAGCGCGAUGAUGCGGGGAGAUUUCAACGCGUGUCCGCGGGUUUAGAGGUUGGAAGUCAAACAACGCUUUAGGACAUGGAGUUUGGACGGAUCUAUUUACGAUAUAAAAGAGCAGUCCUGCUGUCAUUGAUGUUUAAGCUGGGUCUGUUCUGCACAGUCACGUCUGACGUGUGUCUGUCCUCUCCAUGCCAAAACAACAGCACCUGUGUACCAGCUUUGAACGGCUACCUGUGUAUCUGCUCCUUCACCCCACCUAUAUACACAGGUGAGCACUGUGAGCAUUUAUACGACCCUUGUGAAAAUGCGAACUGUCCGUCCAGCUGCUUCAGCACUCCAGGAACUGAGAACUACACCUGUAUGUGUCCCGACGGCUUCGACGGUCCCAACUGCACCCGAAACAUCAAUGAAUGUGAGAGCAACCCCUGUACGGGACUCAAGAGCUACUGUGCGGAUGGAGUCAACGGAUUUUCGUGUCACUGCCCCAGCGGAUACAUCGGGGACGACUGCGGGACAAGGGUGCGUGACUGUGCCGAUGACCCGUGCUAUAAUAACGCCACCUGCGUUUGGGCACCGAGCGGAUACGAGUGUCAGUGCGCCGCAGGUUUUCGGGGGCAACAUUGUGAAGAAGACAUCGAUGAGUGUCUGUCGCAGCCCUGCAGGAACGGCGCUAUCUGUCAGGAUGGGAUUGACGUGUAUCAAUGCUACUGCGUACCUGGUUUCCAAGGUUACCACUGUGAUAUUGAUAUAAAUGAGUGUGCAUCGCAACCCUGUGAGAACAACGGGACGUGCAUCAACGGGAGGGACCGCUACAUCUGCGAAUGUCUCAUUGGGUUUACAGGAGUGAACUGCGAAUUUGACGUUGAUGAAUGUGCGGCAGAUCCCUGUCAGAAUGGCGCCACCUGCCAUGAUCACGUGGGUCUGUACACCUGUGAGUGUGUGGCGGGAUACGAGGGCAUCAACUGUGAGCUGAACAUCAACGAGUGUGACAGUUCACCCUGCCAACAUGGAGGAAUGUGUCUGGAUAUGGUGAACAGCUAUGAGUGUGACUGCAGUGGGACUGGAUUUGUAGGCUUUUUCUGUGAAGUGGACAUACCUGAGUGUGCGUCUGACCCUUGUCAGCACGGUGCCACCUGCCAGGAAGGAGUUAACCAGUACACCUGCCUCUGCUGGCCUGGCUACGAAGGCGAGAACUGUGAGCUUGACAUGGACGAGUGUGAAAAGCAGCCGUGUGAGAAUGACGGCGAAUGUUUCCAGAGAUCCAACUCCAGCUACUACAGAGUUCUGCCUGAACUGGACACGGACUUCAGCUACGAGACCGCAGCCGGAUACCUGUGCCACUGCCGCGCUGGAUUUACAGGCGGCAACUGUUCAGUGAACGUGAACGAAUGCGAGUCUGCUCCGUGUGAAAACGGAGGCACCUGUGAAGAUCUCAUCAAUGCGUUUCAGUGCUUGUGUCCUCCAGGAUUCGCAGGUGUCGUGUGUGAGAUUAAUGUGGACGAGUGUGAGAGCGAACCCUGUCAGAACGGCGGCCGGUGUGAAGAUGCCAUUAAUGACUACACGUGUCACUGUCCACCUCCUGCGCUGGAUCAGCUGCCUUGGGGCGGCCGCGAUUGUGACAUCCAGCUGACGGGCUGUGUGCGUGACCCCUGCCAAAACAACGCCACCUGUGUGCCUUCACUGCACGAAGACCAGCAUCAACACACCUGCAGAUGCCCUUCAGGUUUCCACGGUGACACAUGUGCAACAUCCACCACCUUCUCCGUGACGACGGGAAGUUAUCUGGUCAUCGAGGUCCCGCACAUCAACAGGACCCGCAGGCAGGCGGCAUCGCAAGGGCCCAGCGUCCAGCUGAGGUUCAGGACGACCUUGCCGGAUCUAAUUCUCUUCUUCCGGGGAAGCCGAGAGCACUUUUUUAUUCUGGAGCUAAUUGGUGGAAAUCUGCACUCCAGAGCCGAAUCGGGAGACUUAAAGCUCGCCGUGCAGUUAAUUGGGGAUUUCAGUGACGGACUCUGGCACGAAAUAUUGGUUAGUGUGGAUGAGAGACUAACUCUGACCUCGCUAUCAGACAACGUGACCAAAGCUGAGGAUGGAGGACACAACCAGCUUUUGUCCUUCCAGCCGCACGGUUUGGAGAAAAUCUACAUUGGCGGGGUGCCGCAGGAAUACCUCAACAAAACCGCAUCCAGGACGGGAUUCGUGGGUUGUUUUGAGGAUCUGCUGGUUGAUUCUCAGCCGGUUCUUCCUCAAGGCUUUAGCCCACAGCCGGACGUCCAGAUGGGCUGUGAGAAGAGCGACUGGUGCGGUCGGGACCCCUGCGCUGAGCGCGGCAGCUGUGUGGAUCUGUGGUCAGACUACAGGUGUGACUGCCACAGGCCGUUUCAUGGACACAACUGCUCAGAAGAGUUCACAUCCUGGACAUUCAGCCCCGAGCGGAACAGGAGCUUCGCUGCGUUUCCCAUCAUGCAGCAGCACACUGGUAAUGUGACGGUUUCACUGUGGCUGAAAUCACGUCAGUUGAACGGUCUGGUCUUUCAGCUUCAGCGUGAGAAUCAAGCUUACCUCAGUGUUUUCCUAAAAAACGGCUCAUUAUACAUCGCGAUAUACAGCUCCAUCAGAAGAGCCUCCAGCUUCCUAACCGAUGGGGAAAAGGUCUUUGUGUCCAUUAAAAAAGAACAAGGCUCCAUAUUAUUUAACCAAACGCAGCAGGUUUUUGCUCCCAGAGAGUUUGUUGGUUUUGAGGUGGAGGCUGGAGACGUGGCGUAUCUCGGAGGACUUCCCGAAGGAGAAAACGCUGGACAGUGGGGUGGAUAUUUUAAGGGCUGCCUGCAGGACGUACGUAUAGACGACACACAGCUGUACAUGUACUCCGGCAGCAUCAGCCAAAAACCACAGCAUCACAGCUACUUACCCAGAAACUCAUCCAAUGUGCUGGAGGGCUGCGUCGGCGACCAGACCUGUAAGAUGAAGCCGUGUCAGAACGGAGGGAGAUGUCGGGUGAUCUGGAAUGACUUUGUGUGCUCGUGUCCGCUGAACUUCUCCGGGAAGACGUGUGACACUCGCGUGUGGUGCGUGAGCGAUCCGUGUGACUCUGGGACUCAAUGUGUCGACUUACCUGAUGGUUAUGAGUGUUUAGCCAACGCCACAUUUGAGAGCAAUGCUUUGAAGUUCAGUGCCAACGGCUCCUUGUUCCUCCCCGUGACGAGCAUCUCAAUGCGGCUCCGAACACGUGAGGAGAACGGGACGCUGUUACGCGCCUCCAACCGUCUGGAGUUCUUCUGCAUGGGGCUUCUAAACUCCUCGCUCAUUGUGAAGUUUCGUGACGGGAACAGUCUGGAGGUGCAUGCCUUUGCCAGCGACAUCCCUGUAUCGGACGGCGACUGGCACCAGGUGGAGCUCUCCAUGUCCAGCUCGAGGAUCGCGGCGUCCCGUUGGCACCUCACCGUCGACGGACAAGCGGCUGGACUCAGUUUGGCCUCCGCCGGCAACAUGGAGUUCUUCAACUCCUCCACCGUUUUGUUGGCAGAGAACUACACCGGCUGUUUGGGCGAGGUGCGGAUCGGUGGCAUUUAUUUACCGUUUUCAGGUCUCCUAGAGGAAAAAGCUCCACAAACGUCACAGUUCAUCCGAGUUGGAGGGGUUUCAGAGCCUCGUCUGGGAUGCAGCAGCUCCUCAUCGUGUCUCUCUGAUCCCUGCCAGAACAACGGCACCUGCACGGAUCUCUUCAACCUCCUCUCUUGUGAAUGUCGUCCAGGAUGGACGGGUGAACGCUGCCAGGAGAACAUCGACGAGUGUGUCCAGCAGCCCUGCGUCCAUGGGAUUUGCCGGGACCUGCUGGGGGAAUACGUGUGCCAUUGCGCUUCCGGAUACACUGGGAAGAACUGCCAGCUGGAGGCGGACGUGUGCCAGGAGCAUCGCUGUGAGAACGGAGGCUCGUGUGUGGCUGCGUUUACAGGAUACACCUGCGUCUGUCCACCUGAUCACACCGGACCCUUCUGCCAGUGGCGUUUUCCUCCUCAACAGUGUGAUGUGGAUUUACAGUGUGAACAUGGAGGCGUUUGUAGUGAGGGAUCAUGGGGAGCGAACUGUACCUGCAGACCGGGCUUCACUGGAGACAGAUGUGAAGUGGACAUAGAUGAGUGCGAGUCGAACCCGUGUCAUAAUGGAGGCACGUGUGUGAACAGACACAAUCACUACCUCUGUGAGUGUGUGUCUGACUUCAGCGGAGAAAACUGUGAUAAUACGAAGCAGCAGCAGCAGGAGCGUGUGCCGUGGCUGAUGGUGGCCGUCCCGUUGGCGUGUCUGGCCGUCCUGCUAGCAGCGAUCGGACUGGUUUGCCUGGUUCUCACCGCCCGAAAGAAACGCCAGUCGGAAGGAACCUACAGCCCCAGUCAACAGGAAGUAGCUGGAGCCCGACUAGAGAUGGGCAGCGUGCUGAAAGUGCCUCCAGAGGAGAGACUCAUCUGACAUCAGUCGUCCUGUGGACGUUUUGGGCCGAACACGCGCGUACCCAUGACACUUUAAAGCAGCAAACCCGACGGGUGUGACUUUUAGCCUGUUGAUCAAAGCUGCAUGUGCCUUCAGUGGAAGGUUAAUGGAGGAAAAAAAACAGGUGAUUCUCUAUCAUGAAUGUUCACUUUCACCACUACAAGAGCAGAGGACAUCUUCAGCUUGGGAAGGUUAGAUGAAACCAAUGUAAGAAAUAUAAACUGUGACCAAUUUUCAUCCCAUAUGGCAGAAAAUAUAUUUUCAAAUAUAUUUUAAAACAUACAAAAAUGGCCAAAAAAAAAAAAAAUCGAUUCACUAAAAAAUAUAUUUUCUACCAGUAUAUUUUUUGUAUGUUUUUGAAAAUAUAUUUUGAAAUGCUUUUAUGAAUACAUAUUUCUAUAUUGAAAAUAUUCAUAUAGUUAAAAUAAUUUUUUUUUUACAUAUAACUGAAAAUUGAAACUAAAUAUAUUUUCGAUCAAUAUACUUAAUUGCACUUCACUGUUUACAACAUAUAUUUAAAGCAUAUUUUGGACACAAAAAUUAUAUAUGAUGUACAUUUUCUGCCAUAUGGGCUCUAAUUUUUGUAUUUUAUACUGUGACGGUAAUUCCAGUGGCAGGAAAGCACCAAAGUUUGGAGUUUUUGGCAACAUCGAAGGCUUUUUGUCCAAGUAAGUGUUCAGUUUGUGACGCGUUUUGGCUUUUUCAUUUGAUAUAUUUUCGUUAUUCUCUAUUCCAAUGAGAACAGGCCAUGAUUCACAACAUUAGGCUUCAAUUAAUGCCACUUUAGCAUGUGGAUAAAGGUGUAAAACACUGGUAACAUAGGUCAGGGGUUUUCAAACUGGGGUCCGGGGACCCAUAGGGGCCCACAAGGAAGUGCUUGUUUGGAAAAAAAAAAAAUGUAUUAAUAAAUGUAACAAUUGUAUUAUUAUUAUUGUAAUUAUUAUUAUAUUCUAUAUAACUAUUAUAAUUAUUCAAAGAAUUAAUACAAAAUAUGAUUGAAUAAAAAUGAAAUAAAUUAUCAAAGAACUAAUCAAAAUUAGUAAAAAUGAAAACAAAGAAAUACAUAUUAUAGUAAAAUGAUUUAUAAAAUUAAGAUUAAAAAAGAAUAAAUAAAUACAAUACUUUACUUUAAAAUACAGUUUGUUUUAGAAAAAAAAAAUAAUGUUGUUUAAUAGAAACUAAAUAUUUUCCAAUUAAUAUUUUAGAGUUCUAAUAUACAUUUUUCACAGUGUAAAUUGGGUAUUUAUACAAGAAACUAUUUAAAUGUCUUUUACGUGUUAGAAUGGGAAUCCCUUGCACGAUGAUGAUCAUAUUUGGGGGUCCGUCGCACCCAAAAAGGUUGAAAACCCCUGACAUAGGUAAUUGUGACAAUCAUUUAAUGUUCUCCCGCUCAUGUGAAAUAAUGUAUCUAUUUAUGGCAACAUGUAUAGGAAUGUGAUAUCCCUGAAAAGGAGACACAAAUUAGAGAUUUUAUGAAGUCGGCAAGUUACUUGCCCAUAGUGUCAAAAAAGCCUUUUAAGUAGAGGCAUGUUAAUAUAAAAAUUGAAAAUUUCUUCCCUCCAUUUCCUUAAGCAAGGUUUUUAUGUAAUGUGUUUUGACACAAAUUCUGUGCUACACUGGACUGCUUUCACAGAUGAGGUACGAUUAAAGGAGAAGUCCACUUUCUAAAACAAAGUGAGCACAUAUAAUGUACUCACCCUCUUGAUUUUCAUGUCUUUCUUUCUUCAGUCGUAGAGUAAUUGUUUUUUGAGGAAAACAUCAGCAUUUUUCCCCAUAUAAUGGACUGAUAUGGUGCCUCGAUUUCGAACUUCCAAAAUGCAGUUUAAAUGCGGCUGUAAACGAUCCUGGUUAUUUUAAUGAUAAUAAUACAAUCUAUAUACUUUUUAAUCUCAAACGCUGGUCUUGUCUUACUCUGCCUGGAUUGUUUUUUUCCAGUUCAUGUCAGUUAGUGUAUGUCGAAAAACUCCCAUCUCAUGUUCUCCCUCAACUUCAAAAUCGCCCUAUAUCGCUAUUUUACCUUUUUUGUUAAGGGUGUUUGAGCGUCUUUGCAUGUUCACUUUGCAAAGACUGGAUCGGUACUUCUGCAGCAGUGUAGGAUGAUUUUGAAAUGAUUUUUGAAGUUGAGUGAGAAAAUAUGGUCAGAGUUUUUCGACAUACCCUAACUGUCUUGAGCCAGAAUACACAGAGUUCAGUGAGAGCAAGACAAGACGAACGUUUGAGAUUAAUUAUAUUCUUUUUAAUGAAAAUAACCAAUCGUUUCGCUAGAUAAGUCCCUUCUUUCUCAGCUGGGAUCGUUUGAAGCUGCAUUUAAACUGCAUUUUGGAAGUUCAAACUUGGGGCACCAUAUCAGUCCAUUAUAUGGAGAAAAAUGCAGAAAUGUUUUCCUCAAAAAACGAUUUCUUUACGAAUGAAGAAAGAAAGACAUGAACAUCUUGGAUGAGGAAGGGGUGAGUACAUUAUAUGUGAAUCUUUGUUUUGGAAGUGCACUUGAAGUUGAUCAAAUGAAAUAACAGAUCUAUAAUGAACAUCGCUGAAACAGCGCAAAGAGCUUUUCUACAUGUAAAUGUUUUUCUGUAUACUGUAAACGUGGUCAGUAUUUGAUGUUUAACACUGGACUGGUUAAAAUCCACUGUGUUGUUUUUCCACUGGAUUGAUUGAUUGUUUCUCUGCUGUUACAGUAAUGCUGGGAGAUGUGAUGACUGUAUUUGUAUAUUUUUAUAUUGUGUUGUGUCAUUUAUAUCACUUAUUUCUACUUGAUGUAAAUUUUUCAAUCUUAUUAUGAGACAAAAGCAUAAUUUUAUAUUGCUGUAUGUGACAUUACUGAAUGUGGCGUUUGAGCAAAGACAGCUGGGAUCUUUGUUUUUUUUUUCCUAUAAUUUUUCAGUCAAACUGAUUUCAAUAUAUGAAGGGAAUGUAUGAACUGAUAAAAUGCUGAAAAAUGUAAGUUGCAUUGGAUAAAAAAAAAAUUGUCAAAUGCAUAAAUGUAG